CCUGUCCCUCUCAGUCCCUCAGAGAGUGCCUGCUGGGUGUCUGUGUGACCUCUCUCAAGAUGCCAGAGCCCGGGAAGAAGUCAGGCUCAGCCUUCAGCAAGAAGCCCCGGUCAGCCGAGGUGGCCGCCGGUGGCUCUGCGGUGUUCGAAGCAGAGACAGAGCGGGCAGGCGUGAAGGUGCGCUGGCAGCGGGGAGGCAGCGACAUCAGCGUGGGUGACAAGUACCGCCUGGUGGCAGAGGGCACACGGCACACACUGACCGUGCAGGACGUGGGCCCCGCCGACCAGGGGUUCUAUGCAGUCAUUGCUGGCUCCUCCAAGGUCAAGUUUGACCUGAAGGUCACAGAGGCAGAGAAGCCGGAGUUGGCCCCUACCCAAGCCCCCAGCCCAGCUCCUGCCCCUGCCCCCGCGGAGGCCCCUGGAUCCCUAGCCCCAGCCUCUGAGCUAGAAGGAAGCUCCCCAAGUCCUACAGGGCCAAGCUCAGAACCCUCCACUGGUCCGGUCCCCGGGUCCUCUGGAACUCCCGAUGACCCCAUCGGUCUCUUUGUGACGAGGCCUCAGGACGGCGAGGUGACAGCAGGCGGCAGCAUCACCUUCUCAGCCCGGGUCGCCGGGGCCAGCCUCCUGAAACCACCUGUGGUCAAGUGGUUUAAAGGCAAGUGGAUGGAUCUGAGCAGCAAGGCGGGCCAGCACCUGCAGCUGCAUGACAGCUACGACCGGGCCAGCAAGGUCUACCUGUUUGAGCUGCACCUCACCGACACCCAGCCCGCCUCUGCCGGCGGCUACCGCUGCGAGGUAUCUACCAAGGACAAGUUUGACAGCUGCAACUUCAGCCUCACCGUCCACGAGGCCAUUGGCCACAGCGACCUGGACCUCCGAUCUGCUUUCCGCCGCUCGAGCCUGUCUGGAGGUGGUCGGCGGAUCAGCGAUGGCCAUGAGGACGCAGGGACUCUGGACUUCAGCUCCCUGCUGAAGAAGAGAGACAGCUUCCGGAUCUCGCGGGACUCGAAGCUGGAAGCCCAGGCCGAGGAGGACGUGUGGGAGAUCCUGCGGCAGGCGCCACCCUCGGAAUAUGAGCGCAUCGCCUUCCAGCACGGGGUCACCGACCUCCGAGGCAUGCUCAAGAGGCUCAAGGGCAUGAAGCACGAGGAGAGGAAGAGCACAGCCUUUCAGAGGAAGCUGGAGCCGGCCUACCAAGUGAGCAAGGGCCACAAGAUCCGGCUGUCCGUGGAGCUGGCGGACCCGGACGCAGAGGUCAAGUGGCUGAAGAACGGGCAGGAAAUCCAUAUGAGUGGCAGCAAGUAUAUCUUUGAGUCCAUUGGCAACAAGCGCACACUGACCAUCAGCCAGUGCUCGCUGGCUGAUGACGCGGCCUACCAGUGCGUGGUGGGCGGUGAGAAGUGCAGCACGGAGCUGUUCGUCAAAGAGCCCCCGGUCCUGAUCACGCGCCCGCUGGAGGACCAGCUAGUGAUGGUGGGGCAGCGGGUGGAGUUUGAGUGUGAGGUGUCGGAGGAGGGGGCUCAGGUCAAGUGGCUGAAGGACGGCGUGGAGCUGACCCGGGAGGAAACCUUCAAAUACCGGUUCAAGAAGGACGGGCGCAGGCACCACCUGAUCAUUAACGAGGCAACGCUGGAGGAUGCGGGGCACUACGCGCUGCGCACCAGCGGGGGCCAGGCACUGGCCGAGCUCAUCGUGCAGGAGAAGAAACUGGAGGUGUAUCAGAGCAUCGCAGACCUGACGGUGAGCGCCAAAGACCAGGCUGUGUUCAAGUGCGAGGUGUCGGAUGAGAACGUGCGGGGCACGUGGUUGAAGAACGGCCGGGAGCUGGUACCGGAUAGCCGCAUCAAAGUGUCCCACAUCGGGCGGGUCCACAAGCUGACCAUUGAUGACGUCACGCCUGCAGACGAGGCCGACUACAGCUUUGUGCCGGAGGGCUUCGCCUGCAACCUGUCAGCCAAGCUUCAUUUCAUGGAGGUCAAGAUUGACUUCGUGCCCAGGCAGGAGCCCCCCAAGAUCCACCUAGACUGCCUGGGCUGCGCAUCGGACACCAUCGUUGUUGUGGCGGGAAACAAGCUCCGUCUCGACGUGCCUAUCUCCGGGGACCCGGCGCCCACCGUGAUCUGGCAGAAGAGCACACAGCUCUGUUCCCAGGGGAGCGCAGCUGCAGUGGGUCCAGCCUCUGAUGGCCCAGAGGACACAGGAGCCAAUGAAGAGUGGGUGUUUGACAAGAAGCUGCUGUGUGAGACCGAGGGCCGGGUCCGCGUGGAGACCACCAAAGACCGCAGCAUCUUCACCCUGGAGGGGGCGGAGAAGGAAGAUGAGGGCGUUUACACGGUGACGGUGAAGAAUCCCGUGGGCGAGGACCAAGUGAACCUCACAGUCAAGGUCAUCGAUGUGCCAGAUGCCCCUGCAGCCCCCAAGAUCAGCAACGUGGGCGAGGACUCGUGCACGGUGCAGUGGGAGCCGCCUGCCUACGACGGCGGGCAGCCUGUCCUGGGCUACAUCCUGGAGCGCAAGAAGAAGAAGAGCUACCGCUGGAUGCGGCUCAACUUCGACCUGCUGCGGGACCUGAGCCUGGAGGCCCGGCGGAUGAUCGAGGGCGUGCCCUACGAGAUGCGCGUCUACGCCGUCAACGCCGUGGGCAUGUCCAGGCCCAGCCCUGCCUCGCUGCCCUUCAUGCCCAUCGCACCCCCCAGUGAACCCACCCACCUGGCUAUAGAGGAUGUCUCUGAUACCACGGUCUCUCUCAAGUGGCGGCCCCCAGAGCGUGUGGGAGCAGGAGGCCUGGACGGAUACAGCGUGGAGUACUGCCAAGAGGGCUGCUCAGAGUGGAUGGCUGCCCUGCAGGGGCUGACUGAGCGUACAGCCAUGCUGGUGAAGGACCUGCCCACAGGGGCCAGGCUGCUCUUCCGAGUGCGGGCUCACAAUGUGGCCGGACCCGGGGGGGCCGUCACCACCAAGGAGCCUGUGACGGUGCAGGAGAUAUUGCAGCGGCCACGGCUCCAGCUGCCCAGGCACCUGCGUCAGACCAUCCAGAAGAAGGUUGGGGAGCCCGUGAACCUGCUCAUUCCUUUCCAGGGCAAGCCCCGGCCUCAGGUCACCUGGACCAAAGAGGGGCUGCCACUGGCCGGCGAGGAGGUGAGCAUCCGAAACAGCCCCACAGACACCAUCCUGUUCAUCCGCUCGGCCCGCCGCGCCCACUCGGGCACCUACCAGGUGACCGUGCGCAUCGAGAGCAUGGAGGCCAAGGCCACCCUGCUGCUGCAGAUCGUGGAUAAGCCAAGCACUCCCCAGGACAUCCGCGUGACCGAGGCCUGGGGUUUCAAUGUGGCUCUGGAGUGGAAGCCGCCCCAGGACGACGGCAACACGGAAAUCUGGGGUUACACGGUGCAGAAGGCCGACAAGAAGACCAUGGAGUGGUUCACGGUCCUAGAGCACUACCGCCGCUUGCACUGCGUAGUGCCCGAGCUCAUCGUGGGCAAUGGCUACUACUUCCGAGUCUUCAGCCAUAACAUGGUGGGGCCCAGCGACAAGGCUGCCACCACCAAGGAGCCCGUCUUCAUCCCCAGACCAGGCACCACGUAUCAGCCACCCAUCUACAAGGCUCUGGACUUCUCCGAGGCCCCCAGCUUCACGCGACCCCUGGUGAACCGCUCAGUCAUUGCCGGCUACAAUGCGGUCCUCUGCUGUGCUGUCCGGGGCAGCCCCAAGCCCAAGAUUUCCUGGCUCAAGAACGGCCUGGACCUGGGUGAGGACGCCCGCUUCCGAAUGUUCUGCAAGCAGGGCGUGCUGACCCUGGAGAUCCGAAAGCCCUGUCCCUUCGAUGGGGGCGUCUACGUCUGCAGGGCCACCAACCUGCAGGGUGAGGCACAGAGCGAGUGCCGCCUGGAGGUGCGAGUGCCUUAGUGACCAGGAGACCCCCCGCCAGGCGGUGGCUAGGUGCGGCCCUGCACCAGCCUUGCGAGCCCGGAGCCUGGGGAGCCGGCGCAGUCAUCUUCCUCUGCUCUGCUGGUGGGGUGUGGGGGUGGAGUUGGGCACCAGUGCUGUAGAGUUGGCACUGGGGGGGAGGGGAGUCUGGGGGACUGGGCCCCGGGCAAUGAUGGUGGGGGACAGGGCCCAUCAGAUUCUGCACCCCCCCCUACACGUGUGUCAGGGCAAUAAAGGAUCACACCUUC